AUGUCAAUUAAAAGCAAAAGGGUAUGUUUUAGUCCUGAUGUCAAUAAUGACAUACCAACCAUUUUUCUCAAACAUAGUUGUUAUUAUGGUGACAGUGGCAGAAUUUUAAGGAACAACAAAAAGAGUGAAAUUGGAAGAACUAGUAUUAAUUUCAAAGUGAGCAAAGAAUCAAAAUUGUCUCCUUUGAGAUUCUUAGUGAAGUUAGGAACAAAAGUGGCAAGUUCUAUAAGAAGUGUUUCUAUUAGAAGAAGAUCUUCUAGGAAGGUUUCUUCAUCAUCUACUUUGGUAAGGUCACGUUCAAUAUCUGACCUCACUGAUUCACAUCGAGCUGAAACUGUUGAAGAUUGUUUGUUUUUGUUGCAUAUUAGUGGACCUAUCAGAGGACAUGCCAAGUAUGUUGACAACUACCCUGAGUACAGAAAAAUGCAUGGGAAUGUGACAAAGCAUAUAACUUUGGAAGUAGAAGAAUCUUUGAAGAGUUUAAACCUUUUCCAUGGAGGGGUUGCUGAUAAACAAGCUGGAAAAUACAGUGGUGGGAUGAAGAGGAGGCUUAGUGUUGCAAUUUCAUUAAUUGGGGACCCCAAAGUUGUUUAUAUGGAUGAGCCAAGUACUGGAUUAGACCCUGCUUCAAGAAAAUGUUUAUGGAAUGUUAUCAAGCUUGCAAAACAGGAUCGUGCAAUCAUUCUGACAACACAUUCUAUGGAAGAGGUGGAGGCCUUAUGCGAUCGAUUAGGAGUAUUUGUAAAUGGUAACUUGCAGUGCAUCGGAAAUCCAAAUGAGCUAAAAGCCAGAUAUAGAGGAACUUAUGUGUUGACAAUGACAACAUCUCCGGAUCGCGAGAAGAAUGUAGAGAACAUGGUUCGACAACUCUCUCCAAAUGCCAACAAGAUAUACCGUCUUUCUGGAACUCAGAAAAAGAGAUGGUUGAGACCAACAAAAGUUUAACCUUUCUGAUGCAACAUUUAGGAUUUGCUGGAUCUUCUUCUCGUCCAAGUUCAUCACCACAACCCAACGAUGAAACUGAUUAAGAUAGCGGGGAUGAGGACAUUGGUAGUGAUCGUAUUGAGUAGUAUUUGUUUUUAUUUUGUUAAAUUGGUUGUAUCAUGUAUUUGGUUAUACUUAAAUUUUUUUUUUGGAUCAUGUUUUAAUUAAUAUUUAGUUCUGAUUUGUGAACAU